ACAAAAAUCGAAACCGGUUGUUUACGCAUUUUAACCAGACUGAUAACAACUGAACAGAAGACAUGUUUGGCAACAACCACAACGAAGUGAUAGCCCUGAUUGCGACAACCGUAUUCUUGGCAUUGAUAGAAAAUGGACUCGUUGUGUGUGCCCCAGACAACAACGGCUGCCCGAACAUCAUCAAGCGAGCUCAGUGGGGAGCUUCCAAGUCGACCAAUGUCACCUAUCAGAUCAAACCGGUGCACUUCGUGGUGAUCCACCACACCGCAACGGCGGACUGCAGUGACAUGAUCACCUGUAAAACCAUCGUCCGAUCGAUCCAAGACACUCAUCAGAAGGGAAACAAGUGGAGCGAUAUCGGCUACAACUUCCUGAUCGCUAACGGUGGCAACGUGUACGAAGGAAUUGGUUGGCAUCGUGUCGGAGCGCACACCUUGGGCUUCAACAGUAAAUCGAUUGGUAUCGCCUUUAUCGGCAACUACGGCCGAGUACUUCCGUCGGUAAAGGCUUUGCGAGCUGCCACCAAACUACUCGAGUGUGGCGUCCAACUGGGAGAACUUGACGAAAAUUAUCUACUUUACGGAGCAAGACAGAUAAGCAGUACGCUUAGCCCAGGGGAUGCACUCUAUGCGGACAUCCAGGAGUGGGAUCAUUUCGAUCUCGAGCCGGUGGUGUGAGCAUGGAUAAGUCAAACAAUCUGUUUUAUAUUAAGUUCAAGUGUUUGUUUUAUUCACAUUUUGCUACUAAGCAAUAACAAAUUCAAUCAUAUUAAUGAUUUUCAAAUAAACGCAAGUAAAUAAUUACUGGAAAAU